GCACGCCGCUUGAUCAAUCGACCGUUUUGCACAUUACUUUACGGCAACCACGCCUACCACAAGUGGUGUGAACUACCUUAGAAAGAGGCAGCAACCUCAAUCUGCAUGCUUGUACAACGGUAUCUGGACGACGUCCGCAGAUUCAGGCGAUCGAUGGUAUGGGUCUUUUUCAUAGUCGUGGAUACCUGAUUGUCCUCGCACGCCAUUAAGAAGGUACAGGCGAAAGGCCAUUAAGAAGGUACAGGCGAAAGGCCAUUAAGAAGGUACAGGCGAAAGGCCAUUGAGAUGCCUCGGCUUGUACUGACCGAUGGGCGACUAUUACUGCAAGGCGUGUCCCCGCAUUGUCUUCCCUUGUAAUAUAUUCAAUACUUUGCUCGCUUGACCUUUUUACCAUCACUGACCUCUUGUCAUUAGCUGAUUUUGACCAUGGCAGCUCGCUCAUUGUAUCGUCAAGUUGCGCGGGCGCGCUUGACCCCGUCAAAGACAGUUCCUUGUCGUAGACAUGCCUCGACCCCAGCAGCUUUCCAAUGGGAAGAUCCUCUAAAUCUCAACAACUUCUUGACCGAAGAGGAACAAGCCAUCCAAGAAACAGCACGCUCGUAUUGCCAGGAGCGCUUACAGCCCAGAGUGCUGGAGGCAUAUCGAAAAGAAGAUUAUGACAAGAAGAUCCUCCAAGAGAUGGGAGAGCUGGGACUACUGGGUGCCACAAUUAAAGGUUAUGGAUGUGCCGGCGUGAGCAGCGUUGCUUCUGGUCUCAUAACGAGAGAGGUAGAAAGAGUAGACUCUGGAUACCGGUCAGGAAUGUCUGUCCAAUCGUCCCUUGUCAUGGGUCCUAUCGAAGAGUUCGGGACACAAGAGCAAAAAGACAAAUACCUGGAAAAGCUUGGGAAUGGCCAGCUAAUAGGCUGCUUUGGACUGACCGAGCCCAACCAUGGUUCGGAUCCAGGCUCAAUGGAAACAACUGCGAAACCUCACCCGUCAAAGGAGGGCUACUACUCGCUGUCUGGUGCAAAGACCUGGAUAACAAACUCCCCAAUUGCGGACGUCCUGGUCAUCUGGGCCAAACUUCAAGAGACCGGCAAGAUCAGAGGCUUUGUGAUCGAGAGAGAGAAAUGUCCACCUGGGACAUUGGAGACGCCCCCACUGAAGGAGAAGAACGGUCUGCGAGCUUCCAUCACAGGCAUGAUCCAACUUGAUGAGUGUCCUGUGCCGAAGGAGAAUAUGUUUCCGGAGGUUGAAGGUCUUCGAGGCCCCUUCUCCUGCCUCAACUCUGCGAGGUUCGGCAUUGCUUGGGGCACGAUUGGAGCGCUCGAGGACUGUCUCGAUCGAGCAAGGACGUACGCCUUGGAACGCAAACAAUUCAAGAACAAUCCAAUCGCAAAAUACCAGCUUGUACAGAAAAAGUUGGCCGACGCAGCCACGGAUGUAGCAUACGGUUUAGCCGCCGCUUAUAUGGUUGGCAGGCUGAAGGAUGAGGGAAAAGCUGCGCCAGAAAUGAUUUCGAUGAUCAAGAGACAGAAUUGUGAUCGUGCCCUGGUCAACGCUCGCCAUCUUCAGGAAAUCUUCGGUGGAAACGCUGUCAGCGAUGAAUACCACAUUGGCCGACACGUGUCCAAUCUUUUCGUCACUCAAACAUACGAGGGACAAAGUGACAUUCAUGCGCUGAUCCUAGGCAGAGCGAUCACCGGUCUACAAGCAUUUGUAUAGGCAGCAAUCUCGUCCCAGGAUGCGACGCGGUUGGUUGGUGUGUCACGUCCAAAUUAACGUGGCACUUCGAGGAUGCUGCUCUAUCGGAAAAAAGUCUAUCUGCUUGCGAAGGAAACUGGUGCCUCAACAGCGUAUGAGGGUCAUGUAAUGUCAUAUAGUCGC